AAACGUAUUAUAGAAUAAAAAUCAUAAUAAAUCUAAAAUAAUCCCUAUAAAUACUAUAAAUUCAAAGCUUUUUAUAAAAACACACAAAAAGCUUUUCAACAAUUUGUUUGAAAAAAAAAAAGAAAUAAUUAUUAAUAACUUAAAUUAAACACUUGUCCCUAACAAAGCUAUUUUUAACAUUUGACUUUGUAUCUUUAAAAUAGCACACAAUUUCAAAUUAUUCAAACACCCGCCGCCCCAGUUUAUUAAAUGAUUUAAUGCUAAAGUGCGUGACCGUCGGCUAGUGACAAAAUUCGAAGAAAUCAAUUUUCUUGAGCAAAACAAUUAAUAGAUAAAGAACAACCGCAACAGCUAAAAAAAGUAAUAAAUUAUAUUAAACCAUUAAUUAAACAGUAUAAAUGUGUGCUAAGCAUUUGUCUGCUUAAUUCUUAAAGUGUAAAAUAAAUCUUUUGAGAAGUCUCAUAUAAAGUGGAUUAAACUUUAACCUCGAUAAGCGUAUUUAAAAUAAAACGCAAGGCUGGAAAACAAAGCUCUUUUUGAGCAGAGCUUCAACUUUGCAAAUCCCCAAGUGUACGAUACCGGCUUCACCACGACGACUACAUUCCUGCAACACUUUAAGGACGUCGUCACGACGAAGUUCUCCGGCAGAGAUCAUCAUCUGCCGCCCCUACAUCCCCACCAACAACACACCACGUUGCACGCACACCAUCAGCCACACCAGGCUGUGGCUCAAGGCUUUUCCACCAUUUUUCCCACAUAUCUAGGCAUGGAUCGCGCCAGUGGCGGUAACGCUGCUGGCGGCGGUCUGGGUGUAGUCUCGAGCGGUAAUCCCGGCGGCGGUGGUGGUGCCUUAAAUGGUCUCGAAGCCAUGUCAGCCGAAUCUACAGGUUUAUGCUUACAAGACUUGGUCAGUGCUGGCACUGCUGCCGGUGCUGGUUCGGCAGGUUCUGCUGAGAGUGCCACUAGUACUAGUACCGCUCUUAGUAGCGGCAGUACUGGUAGUUCAACUGUAAAUAGUAAUACAUCGGUGGGAGGUGGCAGUGAUCAUUUGCACAAUCAUCAUAGUCUGCAUGAUUCCAGUUCAUCGGUUAGCAUUUCACCCGCCAUAUCGAGCUUAAUGCCAAUUGGUAGUUUAAGUCAUUUACAUCAUGGCAGCGGUCAGGAUCUGGUAUCCGGUUAUAGUCAACAUCCACAUCAUACAGUAGCACCCCCGCAUACGCCUAAACAUGAACCCCUGGAGAAACUCAGAAUUUGGGCUGAAACUGGUGAUUUUCGUGAUAGUCAUAGUUCUAUGGCCGCUGUAGCAAAUGGUUUAGAAACAUCCCACUUAAAUAAUUUUCAAACAUCAUCGACGUCUUCGUCGGCGUUAACGAAUCGGAGUAGAGAUCGUAAAGAUGGUAAUAAUCGUUCCAUCAAUGAGACUACAAUUAAAACAGAAAACAUAUCAAAUUCCGGUCAUGAUGAGCCAAUGACAACGACCACCGAUGAACCGAAAAAUGAUAAGAAAAAUAAACGUCAACGCCGCCAGCGAACACAUUUUACGUCACAACAAUUACAGGAGCUGGAACAUACCUUUAGUCGCAAUCGUUAUCCAGAUAUGUCGACACGUGAAGAGAUUGCCAUGUGGACAAACUUAACCGAAGCCAGAGUUAGGGUAAGUGUAAUCUACAACAUUGGCAUAAGAACAUAUGCCCCUAGAAAAAUAUUCUUACUUAUUUGA